GGUGGAGCUAAGAUUGCCUGUUGCAGAUGACGUCACACCAAGAGACUGUUGAUGUUGGGGAACACUGUUUUUUCCCUCAAUGCAACAGAUUAGAUUUCCUUCCAUUUGUGUGCGACCUCUGUCAUCAAACAUUUUGUAAAUAUCAUCGAGUCCCCUCCUCUCACAACUGUGAGCACAUCGACACAAAUAUUAUAUCCACAUUGCCUGAGAAACAAGAGUUUCUCUUCCACUGUUCCCUCCCCUCGUGCAAGAAGCGUCAUGUGACUAGUGUGCUGUGUGAGUCUUGUGAGCAGUCGUAUUGCAUCCAGCACAGACACCAGGAGGACCACAGCUGCCCUGCACUGAUAGUAGCCGAGCAACACUCUACUAGGACCGUGAGGGGGAGGCCACUGGGACAACCUGCCAAAGCAACUGGAACAAGAUGUCUACAUUCUGUGUACUAUUGAACAAUGUGUGUGCACUCUUUGACUGGCCAGGUGGGGUGAAAGGUGGCAGUUCAUCCAAACACACGAGUGGAAAAG